GUUAAUAAAAUCAUAUAUGUAAAGAAUUAUAUGUGUAUAUGUAAAAGAAUUACCUUAACGAAACGGAUUUUUUUCCUUUUACACACAGACACGCAGUUAUGAACUAUUUGAAAAGGCCAUUCGAUCCAGUAGAGCGCAAACCCAUUAAUCUCAGUUGAACACAGGUGGUGAUUCGGGCCACGUGCGACGAGGAAAUGUAUUUUUUUGCAUUACAAAGUUAAGUUUCUCUCCGAGCAUUUUGAAAUGGAAUCGAUCCUCCACAGUAUCAUACUUUUGGCGAGCUGCAUCAUUGCCAAAGAAGUACUACAGCUGUCAGAUAACAUGCGAGAGCAUUGUCUCACCGACAGUCUAAAAAUAGAAAUAUUCAAGCCCUUCACUGACGUCAACAACGUAACGUUAUUUGUACUAGAUCGUAAAUACACCGCACAUGCCCUUUCUGCGCAUAUGAAUGCUAGAUGCGGCUAUAAAUUGCUAGUUAAUUAUAACGGAGGUCUGGACUUUUGGGUCUCCCUUACGGCCUGUCACAUGUAUCUACAGAAACCGAGCAAACUCUUGAGAAUCUCUGUCAGUGUGCUGUAUGUACCCAGUGACUUUUCUGGGCCCAUGGCCACUGAGCACCUGCACUUCUCUUGCCCAUACGAGCCAAGCAGCGAGCACAGAGUGGUGUGUGAGGAAGCUUAUAUUGAGGUUUCCCAGCCAUUGCAAGGAUCAUCUGACAAAUCCAAGGAACUUCCCAAUGAGAGUCAACAACGCUUUGACAUUCGAGUGCCUGGUGGUAAAACUGUAACCCGCAAUCGGGCAUGGAUGUCAGCUCACGGUAUCUGGCUGCGUGUUGACCAGCCAGCGAGCCGCAUCACUGUACGGGUUCCGCUCAGCAGCCAGAUCAUCUCCAGGGAGGCAGAGGGUCACCGUGGCUACCGAACAGUAGGGUAUCACCUAGUGGUCAAGCAAAAGGAUACCUUUCAGUAUAACAUGAGUGCUCAGUGUCCUGUUGUGCUGGUGGUGUGUCAGGACGGACGUGUUGUGUCGACGGCCAGCCUCCCCCUUCAAACCCUCAGGAAGGGAGUGCAGGUUCAGGCUCUGAGAUUGCAGCUCGAUGGGGUGACCCUCUCCCAGGAGGAGAUGAUUACCCAGGGAUUUACCGCCUCACUUAAGAAGCGGGAUGUACAGCUUUCCUAUGCUUUGGUGACUAACCCACUGUCAGACAUGGCCAACAUCAGUGUGAAUCAGCAUCACCUGGCCCUGGACCUCAUGUGGACGACCCGAACAGACGGGCAGCUUGGCCGAGCCAUCAUUCACAUCCCUUUCCAUUCCUGUCGUUUGCAACAACGUAACCCAAGUUUCGCAGUAUCAGUGAUGGAGAAGGCAUUCAAGGUCACAUACGGCCCAGUGCCACUGGCCUACAGUCUGCUUGCUGUAUCAGUGGAUGGAGUGUUUUUCCAGAGUCCCGAUGAAGCCCAGGAUGGCCUUGAGCCAUACCUGCUCCUGGAAGAUAAUUUCUAUUAUGUGUCACUUCUCACCCACUUUGCAAGCCAGUGGAUCCCACAGAAGUAUCUUGGUGGCCUCACCUCCCAGUACUCAAUUAAACCCACCCUGAUGUUCCUGAACCCAGAGGAUGAGGAAUUCAUUGUGGAGGGGGAGGAGUUCAUAUAUAUCCAUGAAGAUAUUGUUCUGCCGAGGGUGGAGGGUUACUGUUACAGCCAGGCAGUGUGCUUCAACAUCACCAGUGGUACUGCAGACCAUCUGUGGCUUUUCUACGUCUGGGACUCCCCCUUUACACUCAGCAGGAGUAAUGAUCUUCAGUCCUCACAAGGCCGAGCUAAGCACUAUCAAUUCUGUGUCAACCAAGACUCACCUGACCUUUUGCACAAGAGUGUGGGUGAACAAGAGCAGAUUCUACUGUUGGCUGUGGCCUUCCGGGACCGGAGCACCGGGGAGGUGAAGGUGUGGUCUCAUCAGUCCUGUUCCUUCCCACCUGCCCAUCAACUGACGUGCUCAGUGGAAGGUGUGGUGAAGGUAGAAGGUGUGAGGGUUUCUUCUUCCCCAGCGGCGCGACUGGAGCUCCUCACCCUGCUGGACCCCACUUGUCAGCCCUCUGAAAUCUCCCAUGGAAAGGUUUCAUUCAUCUUUACUGUCGACACCUGUGGGACGGUGAAGCGGGUUCAGGGUGAUGUCGCAGUUUAUGAAAAUAAGGUCCGUAAUGAGAAGUCACUGGCAAAAGAUACACCAGAAUACCUAAAGUUUGAGUCCACCCUAGUGUGCUACUACAGGAUCCCCGUGUUGUCACCAAGAAGCAGUAAAGGUCAUAGACUUGGCGUUCCCCUAGCCCAAGCCCAAGGGAACGUCCAGUUCCACAUGAACAUCAUGAAAGACGAGGCUUUUUCAGUGGCGUACCAGACUGAUGAGUACCCAGUGCUGCAGUGGUUACAGCAGCCAGUGCGAGUGGAGGUGGGCAUGCAGAGUGUGGACCCCCAAGUGGAGCUCCACCUGCAGGACUGCUGGGCGACACCAACCCCUGAGGCUAAACACAGCAACACCUGGUUCCUCAUCAAAGAUGGCUGUGAUGUGAAAGAAGAUGAAUACCGAACGGUCUUCCACAAGGUGCAGCGCAGUAAAAGGAUACGGUUUCCCCAGCACUACAAACGAUUUGAAAUGAAGACUUUUGCUUUCAUCAGCCCUCAUUCACAAGAGUUGCUGCAACACCCUAUAUAUUUGCACUGCACUGUCGUCAUCUGUGACCUGGAGACUUCCAGUAAGAAGGCCUGCAAAGCUCACUGUGUGCGUGACCAGCAGAGAAGAGGGCGAAGCUUUCGAUCCAGGGACCCACCAGAGUUCCUGUUAACAUCAGGCUCCAUCCAGCUGCUUUCUGAAGUCCCAGCUACCAGUCCACUUCUGGGUGAGAAGGCACUCAUGCUGAUGCUGCUGUCUGUAAUGUCCAUCCUCUCUUCCCUUGUCUUCCUGUCCGCCUUUGUACCUUUCAGAGGUGGGACCUGUAAGUGCAAAUAAAAGCCAUUGUACUGAG